AUGGAGAGCAGUGAAGAAGAGGAUGACUUCCCAUCAAUGGAAUCAGUCACCCCACAAUCUAAGAUCGACACUAUCUAUCAGUCCAAGACUGAGAAGGGAAUCAGAAAACUUUGUUUUGAGCUUUUGGACUUAAAGGAUGCAGUGGAAAACUUGUGCGGCAAUACACGUGCAAAGUACUUGGCUUUCUUGAGGUAUUAUAAUGCCUCAAUUUUCAGUUGA